CUCGGGCCCAAUUUUCAAUGCAAAAGCGUUUGCGGAGUCUGGGCACACUUGUUUCGCUGCCUCCACCUUGACCAUGGCAGAAUUCCCCGAUGGUUACUUUUACAUUCAAGCUAGGAAAAGCGGAAACGCCUUGGAUGUGGAUGGUGCUUCCACAAAGAACGACGGGAAAAUUAUAGUGUGGACACCAAAGCAUCAUGGAGACCGAGAUAAUCAGCUCUGGUCUUAUCAGGAUGGCUUCAUUGUCAACAAAAACUCUGGAAAGGUACUCGAUGUGAGAGGAGGACCACUUGAAGCUGGUGCACUGAUAUGUCAAUAUGAUCGAAAAUUGAUACAAGACGCACACAACCAACGGUUCGGCUAUAGAGAUGGGUUGAUCCAUUGUCUAGCAGAUCCUCGCAUGGUGUUGGAUAUCAAAGGGGGAACAGGGGAAAAAGGCUCUCGUGUCAUCUUGUAUAAUCGGAAGCUUAGUGUUCAAGGAAAUGACAACCAGCUAUGGGACUUGGUCCCGGCCGGAGAGGUUCGAGCACAGCGUGAGCUUUUGUUUGAAGCUGACUUUGGUGCUGAUGAUUGAACGUCAUUAUUUUUGUAUUUAGCUACCAGGCGACGACAUCCGAAUAAAUCAUAUAUUGUACAAUAGCUAUAGAAACAAUAGCACCGUUUACAACUCAAAUGUCAUGGCUGUUGGUGUAGAAUAUCCUUAUUCGUCUUUUUUAUUUAUUUGAUUGGGUUAUGUGCGCAGGGUAAAGAACAGGAAAAUUCAGAGCAAGAUAAGCAUGUGUUUGUUCUCAGGUAACUGA